CUCGCUAUCCAACAUGGUUUUUACAUCCCAGUCAAACUACCUCGCCGCCAAGGUUGACGUCAAUUUUGAGCAAGGGGGCGUCGUCGAUAUGAUUGGUGGUCCCAACACUGGGUGAGUUCAUUUUGCCACCUGCCUCGUGUCGAAAGCUGACUCAACUUCCAGUACCUCGUACUCUCUCCCCGGCCACAUCGUGCUCACUUUCAACUCGCUUCCCGCCCCACUCGAGGGCCGACUGCGCGAAAUCCAGAGCCUCGAGGUAUUGAUGGAGGGCAAGAGCGAGUUUUGGGACGAUGCCGGACGAUACACUCCCAUGCGCCUUCACUCUCAGACCAUGACUCUCGCCACCCCCUCGAGUCCGCUGCUCAUUCCCAGUACCGACCCCUCUCGGCCCCAUGCAGCCAAGUUUCAGCUCGCCUUGCCGUUCGACAUGCGUCUUCCCGGCUGGCUGCCGAGCACACAGGCUUCGGAUAUGACCGCCACCUCUUAUGGCUGUCUUGUCAAGGCUGUCGUCGGAUGGACUGGGCCUUCUUCCAGCUCUUCCGUGGCUAGCUCGAGCUCGAGCGCGUCGUCCGAUGUGUUUAUGGACGACAUCCUCCCUCCCCGGACAUACACCAAAACAUCUCCCGCCAGCCGCUUGUUCGGCAACUCUUCUCUCCUUCCAUCUUCCUCCCACACCUCAUCAUCCAAGUUCUCGCCCUUCACCAUCCUCCGACACCGUAUCGCUCCUCCGUCUUCAUCGGCCCAAGUGCCAGAAGUGCAGGAAAGGCACUUUACACUCAAGCCGGAGAAAGAUAGUACCUCUCCGGUGGAGUGUGUGGUCAGUGUGCCAGAGUUUGUGGAUGUCAAUGGGGAGGAGAAGAGUCUGAAGAUUAGCUUGAGGAUCAGGGCGAGGAAGGAUGUCUUUAACCAACCUUCUGCUUCCUCCUCCUCAACUCCUUCCGAGCAGUCAACGCAGACUGUGGCUGAAGCUGAGGAAAGCACGGGUGAGCUCGAGUCUGUGCCCAUGGAGCGCGAGUCGAGGCAGAAGAAGAAAGACGAAGAUGUCUUGACGAGGAUGAUUGAGCUUGGGAUGGAAGUUGAAGAAGUCGAGUGGUUCUCAUCUACACCUUCCGCGUCCUUCCUCGCCACCUUCCCUGUCCCUGACGAACAACCGUCUACCCACUCUUCCGAGCACAAACUCCUCUCCCCUCCUUCGCCCAACCUCUCCUCCGUCUUUGGACAACAAGACCGGUCAUUCAAGGGUACUAGGUCGAGGUCUUGUUUGCUCUCUGAAGACGGCAAUCAGCGAAACUUUUUCUUUGCUGAUGAGGGUCUUGGGCUGAGUGAAAAGUGGAGGAAGGUGAAUGUGGUGUUGCCCAUGCCAGAGCUUGGGUCGCACAGCCAAGAGAAGGGCGUAAACGGGAGACCGCAAGCAGAGUAUAACGGGCCGUUUAUGAGGGUGAAGCAUACCCUCAAGAUUCGAAUUGUGUGCAAGAAUGCCCAUGGCGACGAUGCUCAAGUUGUGCUUCUGUCGACUCCCAUUCGGUUCGCUACAUGCCCCACCACCCUUCCAUCGAGAUCUGCGCAAACACCGGCGUUGCCAGCUUAUAUUCAGCUGUUCUUGGAGAAUGGCGAUCUGAGAGAGUGCGACCCUCUUCCGCUCUACGAAGACUGCCUUCCCCCAUCGCCUCCUGCUCCUACUCCCGCGCCUUCCGCUCCUGUUCUCUCUCCGGGAGCUUUGGCCCCUCUCGCACUCGUGGCCCCCAGCUUCGCUCUCAUUCAGCCUACACCUACCACGGCCACCCCGGCUUACCAGAGCAUCUUCCACCACCCCGUCCCUGUGCCCCAGGCGCUCUCCUCUCCUUCGCCAUCCACAUCAUCUCUCGAAGGAUGUUCCUCGAGAUCGGCUUCGCCCACCCCAUCAAGUUUUGGGGGCUCGAGUGUGGGGUCCACGACGGACCUUAUCGGGCAGCUUGGCUCUUUCUCCUCGCCGUUGCCGUCUUUCGGGACUUUUGGCAACCUUGGGGAAGGACUGGGUCUUGGUAUUGGUCUCGGCGCUGGUAUGGGGAUGGAGCCGAGGAGGAGUGGGUCGCCGGCGCUCUCUUCGGGGGAUGAAGAUGAAGCCAUGUCGGGGUCUUCUCUCCAGCCGCAGCGCAGCCAACGACCAGCGGGCAGCAAGGUCAUGCGACCUUUGUCUCAGAGGAGUGCCCCUCGCCAAGCUUGA